GAUGAACUUACAUUACGUAACCACGGCAGUUUACGUAACGUAAUCACGUACGCCGUGUCAAUUCUCGGCUGCUGAUUGGUUGAGACGGCGAGAGUUGAAAGGGCUCAUUAAGGGCAUGAGUGGGACGGUCCGACAGAUCACCGUGGCCACUGAUCCAGGCACCCCCUACUUCCUGCGAGUGGACUGGGCUGUAGACCUGGGGGCUGGGUUCACCCUCGCUCUGACUGAUGGUAGCUCUGCGUGGAUUGGAGAAGUUUCAGAGGAUGAUGUGACAAGGGAAGCCAACGACAUGGGCGUCACCAGAGAAAGAUAUGUUAAAGAUCUUGUGCAGGCCCUAACAGGAGGUGAAGAAGGAAGAGGAGCAGGUGACAGGGAGGUGUUUACAUUCCACCUCACUCCUGAUCAUCUCUCAUAUCAAAAAUCUGCAACAACAUCUCGGGUGAUCAAGCCUGAGCUUGUGUCCCAGGCCCAGUUGAGAGAAAUACCUGGAUGUUUGAAUGGGACUAUGGGUCCUGGGACUAUGCAAGGCUGGGGCGUCCUCUUCCUUGAGUCAAGCCUCAAGCUGACUGCAUACCUUGUUACCCUCUUCCUGGGGGGUUCUGACAUGGGUUCUCAGUUGGGGAUGGGGUAG